AUGACAGCAGCAAUGUUCCUACAUCUAUAUACUUUACUAGGGAAAAAUAGAACUAUUUUGAUAUUAAUAUAUUUUAGUUUUAGAGUCAUAAAAUGUGAUCAGUUUGAGGACAAUGAAAGAAAAGGAAUUGUUAUGGGAGCUGAUGCAGAGUGCAGAUCUAUUGGAAAUGACAUCCUAAAUGUUAAAGGGGGUUCUGCAGUUGAUGCUGCUAUUGCAACUAUGCUGUGUCAUGGUGUGAAAAUGCCUCAUGCCAUGGGCAUAGGAGGAGGCUUCCACAUGGUGGUAUACGACCGCAAAAGCAGAAAGGCGGAACACAUAGAUGCCAGAGACAUGUCACCAGCGGCUGCAGAUAUCAACAUUUUUAACAAUGAAAAAUUUGUUAAUCACACAUUGCAUGAUUAUCAAACUAAAUGGGGUUUGCUGUCCAUAGCAGUACCCGGUGAAUUAUCUGGCUACUGGACUGCCCACCAAAGACAUGGGAAACUGCCAUGGGCUGACCUCUUUCAACCAACAAUAAAACUUGCACGUUAUGGUUUUCCUAUGACAAUGUACACUGCAUCUGCACUGAACUCUUGGAGUGCCACUAGAAGGGACCCUGUUGAUGAUGAAUCUCUUUGUGAAAUAUUCUGCAACCCAGAUGGAACACGAAAGCAAGAGGGAGACUUAUUCAAAAUGCCAAAGCUAGCAGAUACAUUGGAAAUAAUUUCUAAACAGGGUCCUAAAGCAUUUUACGAUGGCUGUCUCACUGACAAAAUCAUCGAAGAACUAAAUUCGUUAUCGAAAGAUGUAACUGCUACAAAUGUUUCUGAUAAGUAUUUCACUAGAGAGGACUUUAGGAAUCACCAGGUGAAGGUCAGGGAACCCUUUACCACUAGAUUGAAAAAUCUGACAAUGUUUGCCCCGACAAGCCCUGCAUCUGGUCCUGUGGUGGGAUUCAUGUUAAAACUUAUGGAAGGUUUUGAUAUUCAAGUGCCACCAGGAGGUAAAAUGGACAAUAUCAGUGAAGCAAAAGUAUACCACAAGAUGGCUGAGGCUAUGAAAUUUGGGGUUGCUCAUAGAUUACAACUUGGUGAUAUACCUGAUCUAAGUAUCCUAGACAAAAUGAAAGAUGAGAAAUAUAUUGAUGAGAUAAGGAAGAAGAUAGUAGAGACAUCCCAUGAUAAUAAAUACUCCUAUGCUGAGAAAUUUGCCAAAGAGGAUGGUGGAACUCUUCACUUCUCAAUAUUUGCUGGAAAUGGAGAUGCUGUGUCUGUCACCUCUUCUAUCAAUGCACCGUUAGGAUCUUAUCACAGAUCUAGAUCCACUGGUGUUAUAUUUAAUAAUAUGAUAACAGAUUUCACAUAUGAUAUACCACUUACCAGACAACUACUAAAACACAAGUUCCAUGAAGCAAAUUUGAUAGGACCUAGGAAGAAGCCCAUCUCGUCCCAAUCACCAACCAUACUUGUAGAUGACAAAGGAGAGGUCCGCUAUGUAGUCGGAGGUGCUGGGGGUUUCCACAUUAUCAGUGCAUUGUUACAGGUUAUAACUCGUAUUUUAUGGCUUGGGCAAGACAUUAAGACUGCUAUUGAUAUGCCUAGAAUGACAAACACCCUAGUCUUCUAUAGACUGAGAUAUGAGAAGGAGUUUGAUGUGAAAACCCUACGUUUGCUUAAUUUGAUGCGCCACAAGACUAGGCUUUUUGACUCGCUACCUUGUAUUGCUCGUGUGGAGUGCAUAAUGCAGCAUAAUAAUGGAACAAUUGAAGGCUAUUCUGAUCAAAGGAAAUUUGUGACAUAAACUGAUUUGUACUGGAGAAAGUUGCUGUAUACAGGGAUAACCUCUGAAUCAAGCCUACAUAUGUAUUUUUAUAUGUUAUUUAUUUAUUUAUUGGAUUCACUUUUAAAACAGAGGCACACACUAAACUGCAUGUAUGCAUGUAUAUAUUACAUGUAUGUAUAUGUUAGUUACAGUAUAACUUGAAAUAUAUAGGCUAGUAUUUGUUCCCUAAAAUGUUAAUUCUUUGAUAUAAAUAUAUAUUGCUCUCUAAAAGCAUUGAAGAUUGAAUUUUAUGACCAUUUUUUCAUGACUUUUAGCCUUUUGUUUUUCAAAAAUAAUCGAAAUUCAUACCAUUAUUACCAAUACCCAUGGUGCCAUCUA